CGCCCUUGGUAUAUCUUCUCCGUUCACAAAAGUAGUUAUCCCAAUUCAUUUCCUCUUCAAUCCUAACACUUCUCAGCAUCCAAAGAUGAAAACAAUCCCCAUCUUCCGGCCUAAUUCCAAAGUGUCUGUCGAGAUUCCCGAGCAGCCGUUGGGUAUCCGACAGUUAUAUUGUUCAAAGGAGACUCCAGAAGUAGAUAUCGUGGCCGUCCAUGGACUCAAUGGUCACGCCAUCAAUACUUGGACAACGGACGGAGACAAAACCUGCUGGUUGAAUCAUCCCGACUUUCUGCCAAAAUACGUCAAACGCUGUCGAGUUCUAUCGUGGGGUUACAAUGCAAAUAUCUCCAACUUGACGGGGCAAUCGACGAGCUCCGAUCGAGUGCUGCAGCAUGCUACCACUUUGGUGCAUCAACUACAGGCUGAUAGAGAGCUGGAAGAUGCAACUCACAGGCCAAUCAUUUUCAUCUGCCAUUCCUUAGGAGGCAUCAUCGUGAAGAGGGCGCUCGCAUACGCUGAAAGCCGCAGCACCGUAAAGCUCAACCACAUCCAUUCCAUCUACACCUGCACAUUCGGCAUCCUCUUCUUCGGCACCCCACACCACGGCUCAAGCAAAGCCCGCCUCCUACGCAGUCUCCAAAAGCUCGUGUCCAUCUCCACCCCCAAGCGAGCCAUAGACGUAGAAUCCGGUCUCGUCAAAGCCCUCGAACAGGAAUCCGAAAUUCUGCAGAACAUCACCGACCAAUUCACCCCGCUCAUGUCAAACUUCCACAUCGCUUUUUUCUGGGAGCAGGAGAAGACAGAUCUCAAGUACACGAGGGAUUACAUCGUAGAAGAGACGAGCGCGGCGCCGAUUCUCGACAAUACCGAGCGCUGUGGCAUCGCGGCGGAUCAUCGGGGAAUGUGCAAGUUCAACGAUCCUUAUUCUCAGGGAUUUCGAACGGCUGUUGCGCGACUCAGACAUUACUCUCAGUUGGCGCCAGAGGUCAUCCGGGACAGAUUGCAGGUUCGAGCUGUGUCAUUACAAGAGCAGAAACAGCGAGGAGCGCUGGAAAUGAUGAGGGGGAUUCCGCAUUUGACUAUUCGAGAAAACGGGCUACAUGACCUGAUGGUGAUUCAGGAUCUCUCUUCGAUGGCAUAUCAGAGCCUGUAGUCGGUGAAUAAUUGUUUCAAGUUGGUUUUGAGCUUAUCUUUGUAUUAUAUCUCUUUAUGCCCCCGCCAAAUCACAUUGACCUUUUUGAUUGAAUUUCUACUGAGG